AUGAAAGUGACCUACAAGAUCAAAAAAACAAUUGGAGACUGGGUCCGGCUAGAAAGUGGAGCUUGCAAGAGUCCAAGAUCUGCCAUACUGCAGGAUCUCGUAGAGGCUGAGAGCUUAUAUAGUCCAGGAACUGAAAAGACCAAUUCGAACCCUUGCUCAAGUCACAACUUCAGACGAUACAACUUGGAUACCGUCUUUGCCUGUAUCCAGGGAUUCUCUUACCCAACGGUUGAUUCCACUAAAGCUGAAGAAAACUUCACUCUAUUCUGUAGGAACCUUGCCGAUGUUAUCAAGCUUAACUCUCCCAUUAGGAACUCCAAAAGAUCAAAUUUUCCCAAGUGGUUUACUGCUGAGCUCAGGCGCCUGGUGGUCGAGAAGAAAACUGUCCAUAGGCGUUUCAAAGAGACCGGUAAUCUCUCCUUAUACGAUUCUUUUAGAAAACUUAGAAAUCGGUGCAGGCAGUUAGCCGGUGAGUGCUAUCGUGACUAUACAAACUAUGUGGAGUCCGCCAUUCCUAAUAACAUUAAGAUUUUUUUGGCACACAUCAACAAUCUGAAGAAAGCAAACAUCACAUCGAACCUGGUGUAUAAUGAUGUUGAAGUGGAUGAACCUAGCGGCCAAUCCGAGCUAUUUGCUGAUUACUUUUCGUCAGUCUAUACCAACAUAUCACUCCCAUCAUCUGACUUUGACUUUAGAACUUCUGUCAACCUACAUAGCCUCGUUUUAACUGCUCAACAAGUGGAAUCAAAACUUAAAGCUCUCGAUCCCUAUAAGGGAAUGGGUCCGGAACCUCUACCUCCUGCGGUGAUCAAGCCGAUAGCCAUUCAGUCGGUGCUUGCAAAGGUUUUUGAGAGCCUUGUGGUGGAUAAACUUGUAUUUGAUCUCAAGCAUGUGAUCGCUGAGGAACAACAUGGCUUUAGGAGGUGUCGAUCGACCUCUAACAAUCUCCUGGUGCUACGUAACUAUGUCACAUCUGCAUUUUUCAGGCGGAGGCAGGUCGAUUGCAUACUGCUCAACUUCUCAAAGGCGUUUGAUAGAGUCAACCACAAUCUUCUCAUUUCUAAACUGAGAGGCUAUGGUAUAACGGGAUCUCUACUGGAGUGGCUGUCAAGUUGUCUCAUGUUCGCUGAUGACGUCAAGAUAUUUGUCGAAGUGAACUCUCCUGAGGACUGUCAGCGACUACAGGAUACUUUAGAUCAUAUCGGAGCCUGGUGUCAGCGGAAUGGGAUGGACCUGAAUGCUGAUAAAAGUGCUGUACUCACGUACUCCCGGCUGGACUCACUCACUGUAUUCAACUACACUCUCUUCGGCUCCUCACUAAAUAAAGUCUGCAGUUUUAAGGACCUUGGGGUCGUUAUGUCUAAUGAUCUCAGGCACAUUGAUACUCUUGAGGGGGUGCAGAUCAGAUUCUUGAGGCUCAUCGGACUACGUCUUGGCUAUCAGUUCCUGGAGACGCCUGUUGACUGUUUGAGGAUCUCCCUUGGCCUUCCACAUUUGGCGACUAGAAGAAGGAUGGCGGACAUCUUGAUUCUUCAUAAGAUGGUUAACGGUGCUCUAGACUGCCCUCGUCUUCUCUCUCUUCUCGAGUUUCGAAUUCCGACAUCCACUCGUUCCGGGGACAUCUUUUUCAAGAGGGCACUUCCUUCUCUUUACAGCUACCACAGCUGCAUUCCCAGACUUAUGAGAGAAGGUAAUGAGGUUUCAGGUGGUGUGGAAUUUUUUGGAUCCUCUUAUCAGUCAUUUAGUUCACGCUUGGGGAAGCUACUAUGA